CCUCAGCUGCUAACGCGCGGUCGCCGAUUGUUCUUCACACGAUGGCACGUCCGCGUCCGUGUGCAACGCCGCUGCGUCGGGAGGUCCGCAGCCUUUUAUGAGAACUGAGACAUCCACAGAAGUGUCAAACCAUGGCCGAAUUUGGAGCAAGGAAGACCGAUCCACCGGUUGCUGGCUGGAAAGCUGCGUCGGGGGAAGCCGGAACAAGCACGGAAACAGAACCCGUGUCAAACGGGAACUGUAGCGUAUCAGACACCGUCAGGAGGAUCCAAAACGAAUCCAGCUGCGAAUCCCCAACGUGGGAGAGCACCGGUUCAGAGUCAGCUCCCAAACCGAUUCCUCGACGCAGCAGUCUUAUCAAGGAUGGCUCACGUGCUGGUCGAGAGAGGAAGAAGACGGUAUCCUUCAGCAGCAGUCUGUCAGAGAAGAAGAUCAGCAGUGCUGCCGACUGUAUCCACUCGAUGGUUGAAGGGAGUGAGCUGAAGAAAAUUAGACCCAACUCGCGUGUGUACCAACGAUACUACCUUCUGGAUGCAGGCCUUCAGGCUCUAUGCUGGGAACCAUCUAAGAAAGAGUCAGACAAAGCUCGUAUUUCUCUUGCCUCUAUACGCGAGGUACGGACAGGUCGUAACACAGAAACCUUCCGCACAAGCGGCGUUUAUGAGCAGAUUUCUGAGGACUGUGCUUUCUCCAUCAUCUAUGGUGAUAUUUAUGAAAGCUUGGACCUGGUGGCCAACUCUGCUGAAGUGGCUAACAUUUGGAUCACUGGCCUGAGGUAUCUCAUGCAGUAUGGAAAACACGCCUUGGACAUGCUUGCCAGCAGUCAGGACAGUCUUCGUCUUCGCUGGCUGGAGCGGUUGUUUUCCUCUGUUGCUGAUUUGGACAGGAAGAAUUACAUCGAAGAAGGGAUUCCCUUGCAGUCAGCUGUUAAGCUGAUACAAAGUGUGAAUGCUGGAGUGAGCAGUGGAAAAGUGGAACACAGGUUUAAAGAGCUCCAAAGAGUCAGGGAGAAGAUGUGCGGGCUUACAAUAGAUAAUGGAUCUGGAGUUAAAGAUCACAGCGAAAAGUUUACUGAAAGAACUGAGCAAGUCACCAAACAGGAGUUCAUUGAGGUCUUCCAUGACUUUUGCACACGUCCAGAGAUCUACUUCCUGUUGGUGCAGUUCUCAAGAAACAAAGAGUUCCUGGACGCCGAAGACCUGAUGAAGUUUAUUGAGGCGGAACAAGGCAUGGCUCAAGUGAGUGAGGAAACCAGCUUGAGACUCAUCCAGUCUCAUGAGCCAUCUGAGGAGGGACGGCAGCAGGGAUACCUAUCACUGGAUGGCUUCACCAGCUACCUCACUUCAGCAGAGUGCCACCUCUUUGACCGAGAGCAUGCCACUGUUUUCCAGGACAUGACUCAGCCUUUGUCCCACUACUACAUCAACUCCUCCCACAACACUUACCUCAUUGAGGACCAGUUUCGAGGUCCCUCGGAUAUCACUGGCUACAUUCGGGCCCUUAAGAUGGGUUGUCGUUGUGUGGAGCUGGACAUUUGGGACGGCCCAGAUGAGGAACCAGUGGUGUGUACUGGGCACACCCUCUCCCCACCACUGGCCCUGCGGUGUGUGUUAGAAGCAAUUGGAAAGUUUGCAUUUGUGGCAUCUGAGUAUCCGUUAAUUUUGUGUAUUGAAAACCACUGCUCGUUACGCCAGCAGAAAGUGUUUUUGCAAUAUCUCGUUAGGAUAUUAGGAGAAAGGCUGUACACAGACCUCCCAGAUGAAGAAGCCUUGUAUCUACCAUCGCCCCAUGCUUUAAGGCAUCGAAUCUUGCUUAAGGGUAAAAGGUUGGGACCAGGUUCUGAUGGGGAUGACGGGGAGGUAAGCGAGGAGGAUGAAGGAGCAGAAAUGUGUCAAAGAAUAAAACCACUAAAUAGUGGCGGAGCUGCACCUGGGGGAACGGAGAAGGAUGUGGUGCAGAAAAGUGUCUCUGUUCCAUCUGUUGCACAGUCUAGUCCUCCUCAUCUUCCUUCCAAACGCUUCCAGCUGUUGAGGGAACUCUCUGACCUAGUAACUCUUUGCCAUUCUGUACGCUUCAUAGACUUUCAAACAUCCUCCAAAAGCCAAAAACCUUGGGAACUGUGCUCCUACCACGAGUCUUUGGCUGUGCGACUUGCUGGCGACAGCCCCGGUGACUUUGUCAACCACAACAAGCAUUUCCUGUCACGGGUGUACCCCAGCCCUAUGCGUAUUGACUCAAGCAACAUGAACCCACAGGACCUGUGGAAGUGCGGUUGCCAGAUUGUGUCAAUGAAUUUUCAGACGGCAGGACUCAUGAUGGACCUGAACACAGCCUGGUUCCGGCAGAAUGGAAGCUGUGGUUAUGUUUUGCGACCAGCCAUCAUGCGGCAGGAGGUGUCUUAUUUCAGUGCUGACACCAGAGACACGGUGCCUGGGGUGUCUCCACAGCUGCUGCAUGUGAAGGUGAUCAGCGGGCAGAAUCUGCCAAAGCCCAGAGGCUCUGGGGCCAAAGGAGAUGUGGUGGACCCAUAUGUGUAUGUGGAGAUUCAUGGCAUUCCAGCUGACUGCACAGAGCGCCGCACCAGGACUGUGACCCAGAACGGGGACAACCCUAUUUUCGAUGAGAGCUUUGAGUUCCAGAUCAACUUGCCUGAGCUCGCCAUGGUUCGUUUUGUGGUGCUGGAUGAUGAUUUCAUUGGGGAUGAAUUCAUAGGUCAGUAUACUAUACCUCUGGAGUGUCUCCAGCCUGGCUAUCGACAUGUACCCCUGCAGUCCCUCACAGGAGAAGACCUUCCACACGCCAAGCUGUUUGUGCAUGUUGCCCUCACAAAUCGACGAGGAGGGGGAAAGCCCCAUAAAAGAGGUCUCUCUGUACGGAAGGCUCGAAAGGGGAGGGACUACACAGCUUUGAGGGACUUAGGAGUUCGGGCUGUGGAUGAGGUUUUCAAGAUGGCUGCUCCUCUAUUAAGAGAAGCCACUGACUUGAGGGGAAAUAUGCAGAACUCGGUAGCAGUGUUCAGGGAGUUGUGUGGAGUGUCCGCUGUGGCUAACCUCAUGCAGUGUGUGCUGGCUCUGAGCUCAAGAGUGUCAGGACCAGAGGGGACGCCUUUGCUGCUGUUUGACUUACGGGACAACUACCCUACCCUGGAGCCACAGGGGCCCUUGCCAGAUGUCCUUCGCAGAGUCGUCUCCACUUAUGAAAUGAUGGUCAACGCAAGCAGAGCUGUGAUCGAGCUCUCAGAUGGGAUCUACAACAGAAUCCUGCACAUACAGUCAACGGCCAUGGAGUUUCAUGAAAAACUGCAAAGCUUGGCAGUGAAGGAAGGGCUGAAAGGUUCCAAGAUUAGUCGAGCACUGGAGAGUUUUAGCUGGAACAUCACCAUCCUUAAGGGCCAGGCUGACUUGCUGAAACAUGCAAAGGCAGAAGUCCAGGAGAACAUGAAACAGGUGCAUGAUGCUGCUCUGACUGGAAACCUCACUAAGGAAAGGGUAGGAUUAAGCAGAGUCCGCUCACAAACACGACGAGGUCAGGAUGACAACAUGAGCGCCAGAGGUACCUCAGCAUAGCAAGCGGAUGACUGGUUUGCCAUCAUAGCUGCUGUGACAAACUCUUCUUGUAUCAUCACUUCUUUUUUUCCUCACACUCCCAGGGCUAAGGGAGCAUUACUGUAACCACAGUCUUAGAAAGACAGAUCGAAGUGUUGCUGAAUGUGAAAAGCUUGAAAACGCAGCCUCUGGACCUUUGAACUGUGAUGCAUUGCUGGUAAUGAAUGCAAGUAAAUGGGAUGCUGGAGAGAUGAAUGUAGUUAGGAUUUGAAGCCAAGGUUCAGCUGUUUUAAACUGUAAAUACACCAAAUGUUUAGGAUUUACUUUUUACGUGCAAUGUUUUUGGGGUUUCAGAGGUUUGAGGAAGAAAGGAAAAAAACUAAAGUUUUUAUUGGCUAAAAGGUCUGGUUAACUGAAAAAUCUGUCAAUCUUCACUCAAGGCUAAGAACAAGUUGCAGGACUUUUUGCUUGUAUGUUUAAAGAAAACUUCUCAAUGUCAAUGAAUGUUUGAUGUCUCCUGCCAUUAUUUCGUGGACUAGUGCAACCUCUAUCUGUCUCCCCACUUUGUUUUUGUUUUUUAUAUAUAAAGGAUCUCUCAGUCCUUGAUUGUUGCCUCCUCACCCAGUUGCCAUGAGAUUGUUGAUCUUGCUCCAAAGUCCCACAUUAUCUCCCUACAUAUUGUCUCACAAACAGUAUUCUAUAUUUUUGUAUUUUCCUGAAACUCUUGUGCUAAUUACAGCACUGUCACCUGCCAUACUGAUCACUGGUGUUGAUGUCUGCCUCUAGGGAACUUAUACUGUUACUGCUGAAAGUGCUUACUUUACGUGCAAAACACUGUACAGUAUUUUAAUAUGUAGUUCUACCCUUUUCCUGUAAAGAAUAUUUUACAUAAGUUAUUGAUGCUGAAUGAAAAGAAAGCAUUCCAGGUUCAUAUAGUUGAUGAGGCUCAACCAGCAAGUCAAGAUGGAAAUAAAGACAUUUUUAAAUGA